AUUCCAAGGAAGGAGGCUCUGGACAUCACACUUACACAUGACACCCAUCGUGCCUGCACUUUCGGAUGGCAUUUGCAUCCCGCCGUCGCUGUUGAGAAGGCACCAGCAAUGGACUCCGAGAAGUAGUCGCUCUUGCCUCAACACUUUGCAGCCGCUUACACUGCAUCUCCCGUCACCUCCACUGUCAAGAUGCCCCCGCGAAGUAUCCAGUAGCAUUUCACCCACCACCCCCACCACCACCACCACCACCACCACAAUAACAACAACAACAACAACAACUCCGACACUCGUUUAUAUCUGCGGUAGCUCGACUAUGGACCCUCUCACUGUUCUCGUCAACAGCACCACCGCCCCCGUUUCCGAGAGAACCAGUCUCACGCUGCUCAGGACCGUCUUCGGUACCUUAUAUUGGCCUUGGUUGAUUACCAAGACUGUCACCAUUUGGAGUUUGCAGACAAUCUGGAGCGUGAUUUCAUUCUUCAUCAUCUCUCCUACUAGAGCCGUCUUCAACUUGGCGACAGCCCCAUUCGGGAUUGUAAUCCAUAUCUUUCUGGAGCUUAAGCCGUUGCCCAUCUUACUCCUCUACGCAGCAGUAAUAGGCUUCACAACCGGCGCCCUCAUAGUGUUCAUCACAGAACAAUUCCUAGCCCUCACCAGCACCAGCACCAGCACCAGCACCAGCACCCCUAAGCGGACUGCCACCCCCAACAAACCUCCAGGCGCCAUGACAUACAAACAGCAAAAAAUGGACCUCCCCGUUACUCCCGGCUCGGUCGACAGCACCAGCUCCCUAUCCUUUGGAACCGACGACGACCCCUGGGACAGCAGCGCCACAACAGCCGUCAUGUCAUCCUCCAACCAAGUCAACUUUUUGAUCCCCGCCGCCUCCAUCAAGCAACGCCCUCAGAAACCUCGGCUUCAGGGGUUACUGACAGAGACGAUCCACGAGGAAUCCUCGUCCAACCUCGUGAUUUCCUACCUCCUCGGCGUCUUUUCCCUUGUUGGCUCCAUCCUGAGGUAUCUUCUCCGGCUUUUGCUCUUUGUCGCCACGCCGUUUUUACUUGUCUUGAGGGUGCUGUACUAUUUUGUGGCGAUCGGCUACAGGCAUUUUGCCCCGGCGUUGAUUUGGGAUGUUAUCUACUUUCUGGCGCCGCAUCGGACGGUGCUGCUGGACACGGAGCAGGCUUUUUGUCGUUGGACGGGGGUGGAUUGGAGGUGGUUGAGGAGGAGGAUACAGUUGACGGUGGGGGAGGACAAGAGGAGGUGGGAUGGGUGGUGGGAGGAGUGGGAGUUUGAAAGGAGGAAGGGUAUGCCGUUUGUGGUGGGGACGAUGUAUGGCGAUACGAGACGGGGGAUGGGGUGGAAGGAGAGAGUCGACGAGGCCGGGUUGGCGAUGUUGGAUUUGGGGGUUAUUGAGGAGGUUGAGGGGGAGGGGAGUGGGAAGGAGAGGGGGGAUUGGGAUGAGAGGGAGAGUGAUAUUGCUGGGACCGAAGCUGGUGGGGGGAAGGGGGAAGGGGUGAGGAACAAGAAGAAGCAGAAGAGGAAGAAGGUCAAGGGGAAGAAUGAGUUUCAGGGUGGGGGGUUUGGGGGUAAUGAUUUGAAGUAUUUAAUGGGGGAGGAUGUUGCUGUGGAGAGUGAGACUACUGCCACGAAGAAGAAGUUGGGGAGUAGCGCGAGGAAGAGGUUGAAGAAGGGGACGGAAGAGAUUAUUGUCAAGAAUGACGAGGAAGCGGAGCCGGAACUGACAAGUAUAUUAAACAAGAUAAAGGAAGCUGAGGAGAUUAAAGCGUAUGAGGGGGAUGUGGAUAAGAAGAACAAGAAGAAGCGGGGGUAUAGUCGGGAUAAGCCCUUUUCAAUGUUGGAACAGAAAAGGAGGGUAAGUAAGGAGAUUAAGAAGGAGAAGGAGUAUGAAGCGGAUGAGGAGGAGGGGGCUGGGGGUGAGAGUGAAGAGGACAAAGAGGAGGAGGUGCGUGAGAGGGUGGAGGAGACGGAAGGGUGUUUUGGUUCGUUGUUUAGAUGA